UACCAGCUAUACCCCAAAAAAGUCUAACACACUGCAGCAAAAAAGUCUUCCUUUCUUAACUGAGCUGCAAGUCUCUGCAGUGGUCUUCGUUUCUGGUCGAAAUCACAAAAUCCUAUAUAACCAUUCAUAAACCCACCCACCUUUUGUCUUCUGCAAUCAUUUGAUUAGAGGCCUAGAGGGUUAGUAGUAUCAUUUUUCCUAUAUGACCAACAAAGGGAAGGUAUCGCCCUCAAGCUUUUAGGCUGUAAAUUUGAGCUUUCUAGCCCACCUUAUUCACCUUUUUCUUUUUAUAAUUGGUGAAUAUAUACACUUCGAUUAAACUAAAAAAAGUUGCUCUGUUAUCUCAAACUUAUCAUGGGAUCAUCAGAUCGGCUAUUUGACAGGCAACGAACAGUUCAUGAACUUCUUGGUGGUUCACUAGUGGCUGAUGUGGUGCUCUGGAGGCAACGAAACAUCACUAUGGGAAUUUUAUUAGUUACAUUAUUGGUUUGGUUGGUAUUUGAGGAAUCUGGGUACACCCUGCUAUCUCUGAGCUCCAGUGUUCUGCUGCUGUUGGUCACCAUUUUAUUUGUCUGGUCCAAAGCUGCUUCACUUCUUAACAGACCUGCUCCACCUUUACCAGAUAUGUAUUUAUCAGAAGAACUGGUAUCUGUAGUGGGAGAGCUUGCUCAAAAAAAUAUUAAUGCAUUGAUCGUAGUUUGUCGGGAUGUUGCGUUGGCUAAAGAUGCAAGACUAUUCCUCAAAGUUGCCGCCUGUCUGUUUCUGAUUGCCAUAGUUGGAGGCUUGACCGAUAUUGCCUCACUAUGCUAUAUAUCCCUCCUCUUCCUUCUCACGGUUCCAGCACUCUGCGAGAGGUACAGUGAUCGGGUUGAUAGACACUUGAUGCUUGCAUACAGAAGUCUGCAACAAAUCUAUGUUAUGUUCGACAAUUAUAUAGCCGUCAUAAGAAAGUUGGAUAUGGAAAAGAUGCAAUGAAAAUAACUUUUAAUUCAUCUUGGUACAUAUGAUUACUGCAAGGAGAUUGUGAUUUCAGUUUGUAAUUUUGGCACUUAUUGUUGGUUCAAUAUAUCUUGUUCCUUUUUUUAA